AUCUAUAUUUGCAGGAAUGGGUUUCAAAGGUUGGAUAAGAUUAAGGAUUCUACUAGACAAAGCAAGCAACUUGAAGAACUUGCUGACAAGAUGAGAGAGUGUAAAAGGUUGGUUAAGGAGUUUGAUCGUGAACUCAAAGAUGGUGAAGCUCGAAACUCUCCUGAAGUAAAUAAGCAAUUGAAUGAUGAGAAACAAUCUAUGAUUAAGGAACUUAACUCUUAUGUUGCACUAAGAAAAACGUACUUGAAUACACUCGGCAACAAGAAAAUUGAACUUUUUGAUACGGGAGCUGGAGUCAGCAGUGAACCCACAGCUGAAGAAAAUGUCCAAAUGGCUUCAUCAAUGUCAAACCAAGAGCUUGUCGAUGCUGGAAUGAAAAGGAUGGACGAGACCGACCAGGCUAUUGAACGCUCUAAACAGGUUGUGCAUCAGACAAUCGAAGUUGGCACUCAAACUGUAUCCACUUUAAAGGGACAGACGGAUCAAAUGGGCCGCGUUGUGAACGACCUAGACACAAUUCAGUUCUCUAUCAAGAAAGCUUCGCAGCUAGUGAAAGAGAUAGGAAGACAGGUAGCCACCGAUAAAUGCAUAAUGGCGUUCCUGUUUCUGAUUGUCUGUGGUGUUAUAGCCGUAAUCGUUGUGAAGAUCGUGAACCCAAACAACAAAGACAUCAGAGACAUCCCUGGACUAGCUCCCCCAGCGCAAUCAAGAAAGCUCUUAGACUUCAGAGAAUAGCUGUUUAGCAGGGCCGAGAGGGAAGGGUUUCGUGCAUGCGUUUGUGAAUCUGAGCUUUGAUUAGAGUUUUGUAGAAUAUAUAUGAUCAUUCUUUUAUUAUUUAUGACCAUGUUGUAUAA